AUGUCGGAAUCUCCAUCCGAGAGACCUCCUUCAGAUGCCGAAGGACUGGACAGACCCUCAGAGAACGAAGACCAACUCGACGAUCUGAAUGAUGAAUUCGACGAUCCUUCCCGAGCAGACGCAGAAGAUCCGGACUCUGACGAUGAAUCUCUCCUCUCUGAAGUCGACGAGGCGCAAUUCGCAGAUUUUGAUCCAACUGCAGUUCAAGUCGCCCCCGAUUUCGACACACUUAACAGAACGCUCAAAGUAAAGAAGCGAAAGAGAGCCGAGGGAGAGGAAGACGCGCCCAAGAAGAAGAAGGAGAGAACAAGAGAGAAGGCUAGAACCAACCAGAAAAAGCAAGAUAGUGACGAUGGCUUUUCUGGCGGGGAACAGAUCGAAGGCAAGCGACGUGGAGGCAGAAAGGGCGGUGAUGGCGAAAGAAGACCUAAGCCCAGGGUCGAAAUCGACGAAGAAUCGUUGACCCCGGAGGAACGGAGACGGCGUGCGCUGGAUCGGGCCAUGGACGCAGCGGUCAAGAAAUCAUCCGGCAAGAGACUACGGAAGGGUGACAUUGACCUAGAGCAAGCUGCCGACCAAGAAAUCGAAGAGAUGCGCAACCGAAUGAUCGCGGCGGCAGAGGCUGACGGAGACCUGGUUCGACAAGGCCUCCCUGCGUCUCAAAAACUCAAGAUGCUCCCAGAAGUUGUCAGCUUGUUAAACCGCAACACCCUGGUACAGUCGAUUUUGGAUCCGGAGAUGAACCUUUUGGAAGCCGUACGAUUCUUCUUGGAACCACUCAGUGACGGCAGUCUUCCGGCCUACAACAUCCAGAGGGAGUUGUUCGCAGCUCUGUCGAAGCUUCCAAUGAACAAGGAGACGUUGAUAUCUUCGGGUAUCGGCAAGGUCAUGCUGUUCUACCGCAAGUCCAAGAGAGCAGAGCCCACGAUCAAACGACAGGCGACGAAGUUGAUGGAGGAAUGGUCCAGGCCUAUUCUACAGAGAAGUGACGAUUAUACCAAGAAGACGUGGGCCAAGGCAACUUACGAUCCGUACAAGAGGAGAGACGAUCUUGGUCAACCUGCGGUCGUGCCCAAGGCCACCGGUAGAGUGGCUCCUGGUCAGAAACAGAGCAAUAGGGCGAGAUUGUUACCAGGUGCUACGAGCUACACUAUUGUACCCGAAGUGUCUACGAUAGUGAGGCGGUGA